AUGACUGGCCAACUGACCUCACUGCCAGUUGCCCCUGUCGAAUUGAAUUCAACGCUGACGACCCCCAGCCUGCUGACUAAGGUAAAGCGCAAGCGCACAAUAUCCUGUGUCAGCCAGGAAGAAGAUGGGGAAGAAGCUACUGUCAGCAAAGUUCGCCGCCAAAGCCACCCAAGCAGUACUGAUUCUGCUCCCUCCCUCGAUCCUGCAGCUGAUCUGCAGACCCAAUUUGCAGACUUCUUCCCGCCUGUGGAAGAGCGGGCUCCCAUCUCUCAUAAGGUGGACCUUGAUGAGGAGGAGGAACAACAGGACGUGGAUGAGAAACCGGGGUUGCCCGUGGAAUCCACACGUUGUAAGCAGUGUUGUUGUUGUUUUAUUGCGCAGUAUAAUUUUGCCUGGCUUGAGGAGGCUGUAUUAUGA